AUGUCUGACUCAGACCUUAUGAAGAGUGGGGGACCAGCCAGCAGGGGCCCCGAAUGCUGCUCGCCUCCAAAUUCCAAGAUGGAGGUGCUCAGCCCCUCCAAGGUGAAGGACCGCUCCCAGAACGUCAAAGAGAAGGUCACGCAGGUACUUUCUUUGGAGUCUGAUGUACUGCCUGAAUACAAACUCCAGGUGCCUGAGACAACAUGGUGGAUCUUGCUUCACUACAGCCCCUUCAAGGCGUUUUGGGACUGGAUUAUUCUUCUCCUGGUCCUCUACACAGCUGUUUUCACUCCUUACUCAGCUGCGUUCCUCUUGGAUGAACACAGGGACUUACGUCAAAGGGGUUGUGGCUACACAUGUAACCCUCUGAAUGUGGCGGACCUUAUGGUUGACGUGCUGUUUAUUGUGGAUAUAGUCAUCAACCUUCGCACAACGUACGUGGACCAAAAUGACGAGGUGGUCACACAGCCGAGCCGCAUAGCCAAGCACUAUAUCAAAGGCUGGUUCCCUAUUGAUCUGUUCGCAGCGAUCCCUUUUGACCUUCUUAUUUUCAGAUCUGGCUCAGAUGAACCAAAGAUGGCAACCUUAACAAGUCUGAUGAAAACGGCCCGGCUGCUGCGAUUGGUCCGCGUUGCAAGAAAGCUGGAUCGGUACUCUGAAUAUGGAGCUGCUGUCCUCUUCUUGCUCAUGUGCACCUUUGUGCUCAUCGCCCAUUGGCUCGCCUGCAUUUGGUAUGCCAUUGGCUUUGUGGAGAGGCCGUACACUGAGACUGGUUGGCUGGACAACCUAGCCGAACAACUGGGCAAGUCAUACAACGACAGUGAUUCCAGCUCCGGUCCAUCAGUCAAAGACAAGUAUGUCACUGCUCUUUACUUCACCUUGAGCAGUUUGACGAGUGUGGGCUUCGGUAAUGUCUCUCCAAACACCAACUCAGAGAAGAUCUUCUCCAUCUGCGUCAUGGUCAUUGGCUCUCUCAUGUAUGCCAGCAUAUUUGGGAAUGUGUCAGCCAUCAUCCAGCGACUGUACUCCGGUACAACCCGCUACCACACCCAGAUGCUGCGAGUCAAAGAGUUCAUUCGAUUCCACCAAAUCCCAGGUAGCCUUCGCCAAAGACUGGAGGAGUACUUUCAGCAUGCCUGGUCGUACACAAAUGGCAUUGACAUGAAUGCUGUAUUGAAGGGAUUUCCAGAGUCUUUGCAGGCAGACAUCUGUUUGCACUUGAACAGAUCUCUGUUACAGAACUGCAAGGCUUUCAAUGGAGGCAGUCAAGCCUGUCUGCGUCACUUGGGUAUGAGGUUCAAGACAGUCCACGCUCCUCCAGGAGAUAUUCUGAUCCACUACGGAGACAUCCUGGAUUCUCUCUUCUUCAUCUCACGUGGUUCUAUUCAGGUCAUCAGGGAUGAUGUGGUUGUUGCCAUAUUAGGUAAAAAUGACAUCUUUGGGGAGCCUAUCCACCUGUAUGAUGAGCCAGGAAAGUCCAAUUCAGACGUCCACACCAUCACCUACUGUGACCUGCACCGCAUCCUGAGGGACGACCUGCUGGAAGUCCUUGAUGUCUAUCCCAGCUUUGCAGACAACUUCUGGGGGAACCUGGAGAUAACUUUUGACCUGAGAGAUGCUGAUCAAGUACCCCAAAUAAUAACAGCUGAUGACUCUGGUGACGACUGUGGUUAUCGCCACAAGCCAAGACACAGAAUCCACUCUCUUGACUGCCGAAUCAGGCCAGAUGGAAUUGAUCAUGAAGACUCGUACCCCAUUCAGUCCUUCCAUCAUCGUCACUCAUCUCCUCAGGCCCACUGGGAUGACCACUGUAGCUGCGGAUCCCCGUGUUCCCAGUCAAGUGAAGACCUAGCUAAACCUCUUUCCCACGGUGCCAAAGUAGAGCUUUACCCUCCAGAAGAUGCCAGACGGGACUACUCACCAUCUGUAGUGCAGCUGCUACCCCCGAGUGGCACCUCAGUAGGGAGGGAAGCAGUGUUGGACCUCGGCCACCAGGCUUCAUCUUUGAAUGUGCCAGGAAUGUAUCAAUACUGGCCAGAAAGACAGUCACAACAGUUUUCUAGCCGUGCCUGGCGAUCUUCCUCCGUCCGCAACUCAUACCAUCCACCACCAUUCACAGAAGAACGGCCCAGUGAGCUAGAGUCUCGACUUGAGGUUUUACAUUCACAGCUCAACAGACUGGAGACUCGCAUGACAGCCGACAUCAACGUUAUUCUCCAGCUUCUCCAGAGGCAGAUCACUCCCGUACCUCCUGCCUACAGCACUGUAUCGUCUACUACCCUCCCUACUGACUCACCGGGCCUGUAUGGGACUGGAACACCAGCGCUGCACAGCAUGUACCCCAUUUCUCCCAUACAGAUGGACAGCCGGGCACCAACACAGAGCUCCAGCAACAAUGACCUUAAAUUCACCAAGAAGUCCCAGGAGUCACUGUCCAGCGGUAUCCAUGUGACUGUGGCAUCAGACGACACCAUGUUCAUGACAACCACCCCCGAAACUGAGACUCAUACAGGGUUGACUCCGCAGCUGCCCCAGCCAUCAGUCAAAUCCUCCCUCAUGGAGAACCCCAGGCUGUGCGGCAGCCUUCGCUACCCCUCACUGCCAGGGAACCUCAACAUCGCCUCAGGACUGGCUGAGAUUCAGAAACACCUCUCAGACCCUGUGUUACCUGUCAUCUGA